ACUCCAAAUGGACCGUGUUAGGAAGGCAACACAGAAAGCUACAAUUACAUACGACUCUUUCCUCUUUUUCUUUAUUUUAGUAUAUGUUACCACAGAUGUCAUAUUUUCCCAAUUAACAGACAGCCUAUAAAUAUUAUAAGAGGGGAGUGGGAAGGGGAAACAGGCAAAAGCCAUUACAAUUUCGCAAGAUAGAAAAACGUAUAUCUUUACAAUUUCGCAUUCUUGAUUUUUUCCAAAAAAUUGGUUUGUUUCUAUUUCGAUUUCAAUUUUAGUUUCUACGGCAGUAAUUAUUUGUCUAUUGCUCAUCUUGCCAUUGAGUUUUCUUUUGGAUUUUGAUACCUGGCGGUCAUUGUGUUUUAAGCUCGAAAGGAAUAUCGAAAUCGAGCUGGAAUACGGCAAUGGCACGUGCCUGUGCGAUCCUUGUGCUUUUCCUCAUCCUUCCCUCGCUUAUUGCAGACUCCCAUACAAAUUUUAUCUUCAACCAAUUCAAUGCGUCCUCCCUCGAAUUGAUUGGUAGUUCUUCAGUGCAGUCCAAUGCCAUCUCCCUUAAUCAUCCAACCCGUCAAAACAGUAUUGGCCGUGCCUUUUAUCGACAUCCUGUACGUAUGAAGGAACGUGGUUCUCUGAAUUCUACAUCAUCUUUCAGCACAAGUUUUGUGUUUAGCAUUGUCCCUUCUUCAGAUACACCAAGUGGGUUUGGUAUCGCGUUUCUAAUGACCCCACACAAGUCUCUAGACGGAUUUUCUACCACUCAAUACCUUGGCUUGAUUAGCAAUAUAUCAAGUAUGGGAAAGGCCUCUAAUCAUUUGUUUGCUAUCGAGUUCGACACAGUAAGGAACUUUGAAUUUCAGGACAUCAACGACAAUCACGUUGGUGUGGAUCUCAACGAUCUCAGGUCUGUAAACUCUACGCCUGCCGGCUUCUGGACUGCCAACAAUCAGUUCCGAGAUUUGGAUCUCAAGAGCGGACAGAAUAUUCAGGCUUGGAUUGACUAUGACCAUCUUAAAAACGAGCUCAGAGUCACCAUUGCAGAAGCUGGUUCACCUCGCCCAGAAACUCCACUGGUAUAUAUGAAAAACUUUUCUCUGUCUAACAUUCUAGAAGAGGAAAUCUAUGUUGGUUUUUCAGCAGCUACGGCGGUGGUUUUUGAAGAGAAUUAUAUUCUUGCCUGGAGCUUUAAUACAAACGGAACUGCCGGUUUUCUGAAGACAUCUACUCUUCCAUCCUUUUUGCACAGAGAAAUCAAGAGAUCAAACUCCGGACUGAUUGCCGGUAUUACGACAGCUUGCGUUGUCGGCCUUCUUGUGGUGGUGGUAGCGUCACUUGUGCGGCUGAAGAGAAAGCGGUACAGAGAUCAUAUAGAAGAAUGGGAGAUGGAGUAUUGGCCUCACAGGUUUAAGUAUAAAGACCUACACAUUGCAACCAAGGGCUUCGAAGAGAAACAACUUUUGGGAUCCGGAGGCUUUAGCCAGGUCUACAGCGGAGUCCUUCCCACAAACAACCUCCAGGUGGCGGUGAAACGUAUUCUGAGAGAAACAGAUGACGGGGUUAAAGAAUUCAUAGCAGAGAUCUCCAGUCUUGGCCGCCUUCAACAUCGAAAUCUUGUCCAGAUCAGAGGCUUCUGCAGGCACGAAAACCAGCUUUUCAUAGUUUAUGAUUAUAUGCCGAAUGGGAGCCUGGACAAGAUGAUAUUUGGAAACCCAAAGAAGGUGCUUCAAUGGGGUAACAGGUACAGAGUUCUGAGAGAUGUCGCUGCAGGGUUGCUGUAUCUUCAUGAAGAGUGGGAGCAACGCGUAGUGCACAGAGACAUCAAGUCCAGCAAUAUUUUGCUGGACUCGGAACUCAAUGGAAAGUUGGGGGAUUUUGGGCUUGCCCGUCUCUACGAGCAUAACGAAAAUUCGCAGACUACUCGCGUGGUGGGAACGCUGGGAUACAUCGCACCAGAGCUCAUACACACAGGAAAGGCCUCUCCCGCCACAGACGUAUUCAGCUUUGGUGUUUUUAUAUUGGAGGUUGCAUGCGGAAGGAGACCCGUCGAUCCCUCUCUCCAACCUGCUCAAGUAGUUUUGGUGGACUGGGUGAGAGAGCUUGAUGCUAAUGGCAGUCUCAUGGAUGCAGCAGACCCGAACCUUUGUGGGCAAUACGUUGAAGCUGAGAUGGGAAGAGCGCUCAAAUUGGGGCUCCUGUGUUGUAAUCCUCAGCCAGAAGGCAGGCCUGGAACGAGGCAAGUUCUGCAAACACUUGAAGAAGAAGCUCCAAUACCGGAUUCUGAUGCUUCGUUUCAUUUAGAGAUGAGUAAUACUUGGAGAUCUCCAAUAUGUUACAGUCGUAGCGCAGAUGCUUCCAUCUCCAUUUCUCUAGAGGGACGAUAGACUCUGCUCAAUAAAGUCAACGUUGUUUUCUACGAUGCCCGUGUGUAUAAGAUGGAUCAAUCUAUCGUCUAGUUUUGCAGUUGUAAUCUUGUUCUUACUGUCUGUAUACUUCUCUUUUAGACUGAUCGAUGCUGGUAUUUGUACUGUAUUUGGAUACAAUACGUAAUUAAAGUUAGUAUAUCUUUUUAACAGUAGCAUGUACUCAGUAGGAGG